UGAAGACAAAAAAUGUCGGAAGCUAAGAAGUGGCAAUUGCCCGAUUCUUGUAUAUAAAGCGCUCGAUAGACCUUAAAUGAGCAUCAGUUAAAUUUCAGUCUUCACAGACCAUUGGACACAAACUCUAAUAACAAAUCAACUUCCAAAAUGUUCAAAUUGGUGGUGUUGUCUGCUCUUCUCGCCGUUGCUGCUGCUCGUCCAGGAUACUUGAGCCAUGUCGAGACCCCGGUAGUAUAUGCUGCUGCUCCAGUUGUCCAUCAGGAGUACGUGAAGGUUCAUGAGCCUGUUGUCGCUAAGGUUGGAGCUAUCGUAGAGAGCAUCCCAAGUGCAGUUUCGCACCAAAGCCAAACCAUUGUACAUGGCAAGGAACAUAUUGUUACCCCAAUCUUGGCUCCAGCUGUUAAGACCUACGUCGCUCCAGUUGCUCACUCCUAUGUUGCUGCUCCAGUUAUCAAGACUAUCGCCAGCCCAGUUUUGUACCACGGAGUUCAUCAUUAAGACUAAAGACUAGCGAAGAGAUACCAAAUAUUUAGCUAAUUGAUCCUGUGACGAAAUGCCUGCAUUGUAGAGAUUCUUAGAAGAAUUAAAUUAUUUUUCGAAUUAAAAU